GGAGAAAUGUACAAACAGCUGGGAGGGCAAGAAGGAACUGCAUUGUGCGGCGGGAGAUUGUGGAGCAGAAUUUUAGGGUGCUGGAGUGGAUCUCAAUACCAACAUGAAUCUUUUCUGUUUUUCUCUGGAGGGCUCCAUGGACAGCUUGUAUGAGCCUGUCCCAGAACAUCAGGAAGCCAAGGAUAAAACUACUCCUGACAGCCAGGCUGACAUUCCAGUGAGCACACAUGUAAACUGUGGGCCACCUGACAGGUCUCUGUCUUUGGAGUUUCCUGACUUUGAGAACACACUGACCAAAAAAAGAAAAUCCAUCCAGAAGUCCAUGUCUGAAAAUGAAGCAUUUGACAGGAAAAAUGUGAAUGGCACACUUUGGCAGGGUUCCAAGAAGCCGGAGAAUGAUUCGUACAUCAGAAGGCACUGUCAGCUUGAAGAAGAUAAUAUUAUUGCUGAUGGAAUACAAUUGCUGCAAGGAAAGAAGAUAGAGGAAACAGCAUGUCAGGUGAUAAACUAUGAGCAAUGGAUUCCACCACGAGUUCACAAUCCAGGUGUGCCUGGUAACAGUGAAAUGGGUACAGAACCAGACAAUAAAGCCGAGUCCAGAGGAACAUUAAAACGAUUGCAGAAAUUGGUCCGAACAAAGAAAACAAGUACACAGAGCUUGGAAGAUGUCAAGCACUUUCUGGUCCCUCUCAAUACCUUAGAAGAUGCUUAUCUCUCUGAAGAGGAUGAAGAAGUGCUAACUUCUUGCAUGAAGCUGACAAAACCUCAGGACAAGAAGACAUGGAAAGAAAACACAAGGAGAAAAGAAGAGACUGAGACCAGGACGGAUUUUAUUUCUGCGUCUCUGGGCCGCUCAUACACUUCCAGACUUAAUAACUUAGGAACUAUUUCAAUUCAUUCUGAAACAGAAUUUCACUUCUGGAGUGACUGGAAGCCGUUUCCUGACAACCAGCUCUGCCCUUGUGACUUCUUAAUUUCAAAAAUAGAAGAAUGGGAAAACUGUACUUGCUCUUCUCAUCAGCCACAUCUUACAUAUUCCCUAACUGAUAUGGAUCUACAGUACUCCUGGCGCACGAGCAGCUUUGGAAGCUUCGACCGUUUCAGGCAUCACUCAAUAUCAAAGACAGAUGAUUCAGCUGAGGUAUCUGAGCUGGAGACAAUAAGUGACAUUGGGGAAGCAGUACCAACCAAAGCAGCAAACAAUGGAGGAAGUUUGAGUAAGAAGAUGAGAGCCAUUUCACUUACCAUGAAGAAAAAGAUGGGUAAAAAAUACAUCAAGGCACUCUCUGAGGAGAUGAAUGAAGAGGGAAAAGAUGACAGUGAUCCUGGUGGUGGAACGCACACUGAGAAGGUCUCCCUGAAAACCAGUGACUCUUUGGAAAGUCUCUAUAGUCUGAACAGUGGCCAGAGCUCAUCUAGUGGGGUGACCAGCUGCUCUGAUGGCACGAGCAACAGGGACAGCCUCCGCUUUGACGACGAGGUCCCCUACAACGGGCCCUUCUGCGGCAGAGCCAAAGUCCACACCGACUUCACACCGAGUCCUUAUGACACUGACUCACUGAAAAUCAAGAAAGGAGACAUCAUAGAUAUCAUCUGCAAAACUCCCAUGGGCAUAUGGACAGGCAUGCUGAACAACAAAGUAGGAAAUUUCAAGUUCAUUUACGUGGAUAUUAUCUUGGAAGAAGAAGCUGCACCCAGAAAGAUAAACCCACACAGAAGAAGCAAAAGGACCAAGCCUAAAACAUUGCAAGAGCUCCUGGAAUGUGUCCACCUGCAGGAGUAUGCAUCAACCCUCUUGCUAAAUGGCUAUGAAACUCUAGAGGACUUAAAGGAUCUACAGGAAAGCCACCUGAUUGAAUUAAAUAUUUCGAACCCAGAUGACAGGGCAAGAUUGUUAUCAGCAAUUGAAAAUCUCCAGGACUGUGACAUUGACCAGCAGCAGAAAAAUGAGGGUGGUGAGGAGACACAGAACUUAAGCCCUCACGAGAGCUUUGACAAAUCACAGUUAAAUGACUGUCCAAGAGAUUCCGGCUGUUACAUCUCAUCAGAAAAUUCAGAUAAUGGUAAAGAAGAAGCAGACCCAGAAGCCCUGUCUGACAUGGUGCAGUCAGUAACAAUCAGUGAGUCAAACUGAUUUGGUCCUGCUGCUUUUCUGCAGAUUUUCAGAAAAAACAAUCACAUUUGUCAGUAUGGUGGCACAGAAGCAGGACACAAAAUAUUCUCAACACUGAAAAUCUACUUUUGUCUGAUUCAUGAUGCUCUAAACUGUUUAAUAUGUGGAGACUUGAUAGCUCAAUGUUAACUGAUAAUAAGAAUUUUUCAUGUUUUUCUUUUCAAUGAAUCCACAGGUAUUUCCCUGAAAAAGUUUAUACAAAAGUAUUUAUAAAUAUUUGUACAGCAAAUGCAUUUUCUAUAAUAAUAAAGAAUUUUUUUAGGUAGUGUUCAUAAUCUGGAGAUGUUAUUUCUGGAACUGUCCAAAAUGUAAAUAUUGUACAUAUUUAUUUUAAAAAUAUAUGGAUUAAUCACACUGUCUCUAUUUUCAGCUGUUUUGCUGAUUUAUAUACAGAAUGUAUUUUCACUGCUAUAUCAUCAUAACAAAAAGGUGGAUACAGUCACACCCGACUUUGAAAAGUACCAAGCCAGUUCUCUAUAAUAUUGAAGCUGUUUCACACCACUUUUCUCCAAAACGAGCUCCAAAGUAGACUGUCAUUUCCUGUACUUUUGCCUGGAAGCAUGAGAGAACUGCAGGGUGAAUCUGAAUUCAGCUCUCUGUGUUCCUUAUCUUGUGGAUGAACAGAGCCAACCGAAUGGCCUAUGCAGUGACAAUUUUUUUUUAUGGUUCUUUUCACACCUGUUCUCAUUUGUCCCAAGCAUUAUACAGAGAAUGCAACCUCAGAGAAAAAAAAAAAAAUCAGGAUCAAUGCUAUGCUUUUAUGAUAACUUUUUGUGAAGAUGUUGCCUUUUGUGUGUGGUGUGAAGUUUGUUAAUAGAGUAUUUGUUUGUAUACAAAAACUUGGAAGCUAACAUGGUUAUUGUGCAUGAUUGUCUUUCCUAUGAGAUUUUAUUGUCUUUUCCCAUUAUAUUUCACACUGGAAUACACAUUUUAACUGCCUAUCUUCUUUUAGAGUGCUUCCUUCAAUAAUAAACAAAAUCAUGUGUUUAAGCCGUUUAAAAACUA